CUUCACAGUUGCCUCCUUAAAUACAGUAGAGUGUGCUCGUCAAAGCGGUUGAGGCGGGCUCUGAGGGGACGAGGUGGAACGGCCAUGCAGGCCCCUGGCGGCGGCGCAGGCGGAGCGGAGGGUAACAAAGAUGACCAGCGAGGCGCAAGUGUUUCCGGUGGCGCGGGAGCCCACAUAAGAACCUUUUCACAGGUUGUCCAGAUACCUCAGGGCCCAUGGCCCUUUGGGCAGAUUGUGCUCGUGGGAAGCACCACAGGGCCGCAGCACUAUGAAUACCUCAGGGUGCCCUUCCGGUCUCCCAUAGCGGCGGAGGUGAUCCGAACAUCCCUGGCUACUUUCGGAGAAAACCUUGACGUACCCAGAGUGCUCAGCGUGGCUGGGAGAAUCCUGACUGUGAGAUGGGUGGCCCAGGACCAAGGACAACUCCAGGCAGUGUUCAACGCCUUCCUUAACGACCUGUCCAUGCUUUUGCGGACCAUGCGGCGUUUCGGGCCCCCAUUUCCCCUCGAAUCUCUGCCAGGAAAAGGAGGAUGAGGCCCAAGCUUCCAUGCCACAUAGUGCAUCCCUCCCUAAGCCCUAAAUUCCUGCAUGUAUUGCCAUGUCCUUGUUGAACCCUAACUUUUUUUGCCUUUGUUAGUUAUUCAUUGGGUGCUCGGGGCCCACUUGUUUAGUGUCCCUGUUGCUGGACAAGAGACAUGACUGAAUGUGUGUCACUUCACAAAAUAAAGUUGAGCAAUGAU